UGGAGAAGGGAAGAAAUGGCUGGAAAUUAGAUCACAUAAAAGAGAGUCUGGAGAAAGUCCACGAAGGCAGUGUUCCAGGAAAGUGUGGCUGUAAAGGGGUAAAGCGAAAGGUUGACAUAAUACAAGAAACAUUGAUCAAACUUUGCAAUUCUUUGAAAGUCGAUGUUUCUGCAUUAGAAAAUAACCCGCAGUCCUCCGCUUCAGAUGAUGAUGAUACAUUGGUCGGACAGAUUGAAGCAGCCGUAAGUAAUAGCGGAAAUAGUCGAAGUGAAUGGAAAGGCAAAGUCGAAGACUGGGAUGACGGUAAUGAGCAAGGUCGUAAUUCGCGACAGCCAUUUUGGUCAGUCAAUAAAGCUGCGCUUGAUGAGGAAUAUCAAAUGGAAAUGGGAGAACCAGUCAUGAGUCGAAAAUUCCGACGGACAUCGUCGAUUAACAGAGGUCGUGAAAAUAUUGAUUCCGAUCAGACGGGAUACAAGAAAGGUCGUGAUUUCGGGCAAUCAACCAGGAACGAAGGGUUUACCGACGUAGUUCCGCGUGAUCCUGUCGUAUUACUUUCAUACAGGCAAUCACGUGAUGAAAAUGGUAGCUAUAGACCAAGAGUUGAUCGCAGAGAAUAUGGAACCAAUGUGUACCAAGACAGUUUUCGAGAAGAAGAGAUUCCAGCUUUUCGUAAAACGCGAAGAGAGUCGGAUUUUUCACGAGAAGUUCUACGUGAGAGAAUGCAAAUGCGUUCAGGAGAAGAAUUACGUCGUUCGGAAUCAUUGCCCCACAGGGCUUCUAAAAACAUCCCAGAGAACACAUAUCCCAGACGAGUAUAUUACUCUGCUACUAGAGCGAAAAAAAGUCAUCCAAGGAACUUAAAGACAAAUUCCCUGAGAGGACCAGAAAGAAGAGAAUCAGAAAGAAGAGAUGACAGGCAACCGUACAACGUUAGGGAGAGUCGAGCACCUGAGAGGCGAUCUCAGUUUCCUGACCGAAGUGACUCAGAUGUAGUUAAACCUCGUCAACAAUCUUCUGAUAAAACCAAUACAUACCCCAGGACGCGAUCACGAGAUAGUCCAGAGAAGUAUUUCGCGGAUCGAUCGCAACGCCAAAUGGUUGAGCCAACAUCCCAAUCAGACACAGAAUCUGAUGAUUCUGAUAUGUCACAAAAAGCAUCUUUCCGAGACAAUCAGAAUGCUGCUUACAGUGAUAACGAUCUGAUUGCGAAAAGAGCAAAAAGAUUCCGAGAAAAGCGUUUUCUCGAUGACUGGGACACCAGAAGUGUUAAAAGUGUCGCCUUUUAGGUUUUGUUAAACGUCAACCGUUAUCACAAUCCUGAAUCCACAUUAUGUUCUCACUUGCCUUUUGUAUAUGGCCCGAUCUCAAAACCAUGUUAGCUAGUCGCCUAGUCCAGUAGUGCACCGUAUUUUAUUGCUAGAUGUAAAAAUAAAAACACAUUAAGAUAAAAAAGUUCAUUAUUACGUAGCUAAACGCUACUUUUAGAGAGAUGUUAGCAUGUUAGUACAUGUAGUAUGACUAGGUCUUGAUAACUAUUUUAUAAAAUUUAUCCGUAUAGUUGAAUUACGCAUUUUGAAGAGGAAAAUAAGUUCACACAUGCAGCCGUAGCGUUUAUUCCAUUAUUGAAAAUUCUUUCUAUAACCUCUUUCGAUUUCUUCAGUGAAUUUAAUUUCAUCAUAAUUAUAAGAAAAUUAUUAUAGAGAGGAAUUGGAUUAACCGCACUUUUUUCAUCUAUGACUUCGAUCACGCUGCCGUAUCCGAGAACAAAGACAAAGUAAUAAAAGAAUGUACAACUCCUCUCUAUGCUAAAUUGCAUAGGCUCUCUUCGAGGCCCUCUUUGAUCGUACUUAACCGCUGACGCCCAAUCCAAUCUUAUCUUCUACCGUGUGCCUGCGACGUUUCGUGAUCGUAUGACAUUGUUACAUCAGCGAGUUUAAGAUGCACCAAAUCUACGCGUAAGUAGAAAACAGCCUUUAGUUUGAAAAUUAAAGCAGUAUGAUACUUCACGUCCCAGCUGUAGAUUUGGUGCAUCUUAAACCCACUAUCGUCUUCUUACGGAUUUCGUGAUUUGCGGUUAGAAAAAGGUAGGGUCAGAAACAGGGUUCAAAGAGAAAAUAAUUUCGUGCGUGUAACCUGACAACAGUAACCGUAGCAUGAACGUAACACCCACAUUAGCUCAUGCACAGACAAUUAAGGGGAAAACGGGGAUAAAUACUACCGCAAAUUUUGGAAUGGACCGGGAGUUGCCGAUUCAUUUCUUUGAAAUUUUAAUUUGAGUAUUUUAAUUUGUCCGUGCGGCUGUAUUUGGUAGGUCAAGUAAUGAGAUCAAUACAAUGUGGAUGCAAUGUAGUAAACUAUAUAUUAACCCCAACAGUUUCAAACUUCGUCGCUACAUUCUAAUUGGAACUGAAAUAUUUGCUUUCUGACCUGUAUAAUUAUACUCGGUGGUAAUAUUAUGAAAAAAGAAUGCAAAAUUUCAAAUUCACUUUUAACAAAAAUAUACUGAGCUGUUAGGAAAGAUUUUACGAAAAAUUUCAACACGCAUCAGCUGAAAAAGUCGUUUUCGUUGCUCUUUCAUAUUGGAAUUAGUGAGUUAAUACACACUAUAGGAAAAAGUUCUACAUUCUACCAAAACGCUACCUUAAUUUGUCCUCAGCGGUCAGUAACUGCAGUUAAGGACAGAAUUGGCCAAUCAGAGUCCUGUGUUUCUGAGUUAACUACGACAACAAAAUGUAGUUAAAGAGUUUUAUACCUACAACGGGCCUCAAAUACCCAAAUGUGUCUUCGUGUGCAGUCUUGUUUACCAAUAUCUACAGGGUGUCCCAAAAAAAACGAAAACUAUUGA